GCCGCCGCCCCGAUGGAGCAGCCCCCGGCGGCGGAGGAGUGGCAAGGGGCGACCCAGAAGAGGAAGGCCUGGGCCAAGAGCCGCGACUCCUGGCAGGCGUCGGAAGCGGAGGAUUUCGCGGCAGCGGCGCUGGCCCGCGGCGAGGAGGAGGAGGAGGAGGAGGAAGAAGAAGAGGAGGAAGAGGAGGAGGAGGAGGAUCCCGGCGGCGGCGAGCUGCCGCUGGCGGCUGGAGCAGGCUGCCACAGCGUUCCCAACGAGAAGAUCGCGAUAUGGCUGAAGGACUGCAGAACGCCUCUGGGAGCCUCCCUGGAUGAGCAAAGCAAUCCUCUGUUGAAGGGCAUGUUGGUGAGAAAUGGAGGAAGUUUUGAAGAUGACUUAUCCCUGGGAGCCGAAGCUAAUCAACUACGGAGUGAUGCCCAAACAGAAACAUGCAAUGGUGUACUGGCAAAGGACAGGAGGCUGCAGUUCCAUCAGAAGGGGAGAAGUAUGAACUCCACCGGCUCUGGAAAAAGCAGCGCGACCGUUUCAAGUGUUUCUGAAUUACUGGAGCUUUAUGAGGAAGAUCCUGAAGAAGUGCUCUAUAACCUUGGGUUUGGGAGAGAUGAACCAGAUAUUGCUUCAAAAAUUCCAGCGAGAUUUUUUAAUUCAUCGUCGUUUGCCAGAGGGAUAGAUAUCAAAGUGUUUUUGAAUGCCCAAAUACAGCGCAUGGAAGUGGAAAAUCCAAGUUUUGCUUUAACAAGUCGUUUUCGUCAGAUUGAAGUGCUUACUACUGUGGCCAAUGCUUUUUCUUCUUUGUAUUCUCAAGUCUCUGGGACUCCUUUGCAGAAAAUUGGUAGUAUGAAUUCAGUGUCUUCCAGCAAAGAAGCAUCCAGCCCUCCCCCUUUGAAUCGCAGCAACACAGCCAGUCGCUUAAUGAAGACCUUGUCAAAACUCAAUCUGUGUGGCACACAGCAAGCUGAUGGCAGCAGCUCCUCCAGUCCUUCGCCUGUUGAAAAAGGGAAAAGUCCAGCUGAAGUAGGGAGUGAGGAGAAUGAUGUAAAAAGUGAAUCUAAAUUGCCAAAAUAUCCUAAAAAGAAAGACUGUCCCUCUUUUUUGGCUCCUGUAAAGGAGGAGAUAGCCGGCAGUCAGACAAAGGCUGCAAGAGCAGAGAGACCCACGCACCUCCCUGCUGUGGCUGACGGAGCACAGGAGGGUUCUGUGCCUUCAGCAGACGGGCAGGGUGGCAGGCUGGCAAGUGCCCAGGAUAGACCAUGCGAAGAACCUGGGCUUUUGGACUCUCCAGGCCUCAGCAGCAGCUCCAGCACCUCUGACAGCAGUGUCCUGACACAGAGACUGUGCACGGCAUCGCCAGCGAGAGACCCCUGCGCUCCCCUCGCAAACCCGUCCGUCGUGAGCCUAAUGCUGCAGCAGAAGGACUCCUUUGAGAUGGAGGAGAUCCAGAGUACAGAGGGGGAUCUACCUCACGUUUCAGCUACACAUCAGCUAGCAGUGACCAAGUCAAGGAAAGAUCAGCUCUUAAGGACAGCAAGUCAGCACUCUGACAGCAGUGGCUUUGCUGAGGACUCUACAGACUGUUCUCCAUUCAGUCAGCUUCAGGUUCAGGAGUCUUUGCAGGGCAUGGGAAGCAGUGCUGACAGCUGUGACAGUGAAACAACUGUGACAUCGCACAGUGAGGAACAGAAGACACCGAUAGCCAAGGAACUGCCCUGUUUUGAUAAGUUUGAGGAGGAGGAGGAGGAAGAUGAUGAGGAGGAGGAUUAUGAUGAUGAUGAAGAGGAUAUUAUCUCUCAAGUAGAGAGACGAAAAUCUUCUGAUAGCAGAAGGAGUGAAGACAGAAAAAUUAGUGACUGUAAAACUGAACAAAAUCAAGGACAAGAAAGCAAGUCAUCUCAUAUAUCAGAGACAGUCCAAGGAGAGGUCAGCUCUAAAGAGGAAGACAUUUCCAGUGAGCAAAAAGAAUCAGACCUGCUGGAGGAAGGCAGCGUGUUUGAGUUUCCUCAGUAUCACACACACCAUAUCCUCAAGUCGAUGCAGUCUCUGGAAGGUGAUGGCUCCUCCACAUCAUCUGUGGACAGAGUUCAGGUUGCCUUGCAAAGAGCUGAGAUGAGGAUCAUCAACUCACCUGACUCCAAGGCCAGAUGCACUCUGCUUAAGUCAAAAGAUCUUCUGAGGAAGCAGAGACUCUGGUUUGCUGAAUCGGGCUAUCCUCUAAGGCGGUCUCAGUCUCUCCCAACUGCAUUGCUGAAUCCAGUGAAAGUGGUGUCCUCUGUGAAUGUUCAGUUAACUCCAGGAAAAGAGACUCUCUGCAGUCCUCCUUCCUUCACCUACAAGUACACACAGGUGGAGGAGGACAAGGAAGCGGCAUCUGAGAAUGACAGAAAUGAGGAGGAGGCAGCCUCCGGCCAUCCUGUGUGCAAAUCCACCCUGUUUAUUGCACCUUCGUCCUCCAAGAAAGAGGUGCCCCAGGCAGGGCCCAGCAGGCUGUCUGAGGAGCUCAGUCCCACCAGGGUACAGAGCUGCCCCCUGCACAUGCCAGCAGCCAUGUCCCGCUCCACGUGCUCCCUCCAUUCCCUCCCCACGGAGUGGCAGGACCGGCCGCUGUGCGAGCACAUGAGGACGCUCAGCACCCACAGUAUCCCAAGCAUCUCUGGCUCUUCCUUCAGCGCCAUGCUUUCCCCCUUCAGCUGCCCCUUCUUUCCAAGGCAUGGAGUUCCUCAUCGUCCUGCUGCUAUGAACCCACCCUCCACUGUGGAGAUGCAGCUCCGCAGGGUCCUCCAUGACAUCAGAAACUCUCUGCAGAACCUCUCACAGUACCCAGUGAUGAGGGGACAGGAUUUUUCAGCUGCCACUGGUUACACUACUCAGAGAUCAUCCAUUCUACCUCUCUACGAGAAUACUUUCCAGGAGCUACAAGUGGUGAGAAGAAAUCUAAAUUUAUUCAGAACCCAAAUGAUGGAUUUGGAAUUGACUAUGUUGCGUCAACAGACCACGGUUUAUCAGCACAUGACAGAGGAGGAAAGAUUCGAAGCUGACCAGCUGCAGAGCCUGAGGAAGUCUGUCCGCAUGGAGCUGCAGGAGUUGGAGAUGCAGCUGGAGGAACGUCUGCUUGCCUUGGAGGACCAGCUCAGAAGUCUGCACAUGUCUUCACCUUACAGACCUCAGGCACACAUAGGUAUGUAUGGAAGCAGAAGUGCUGAUAACCUGUCAUGUCCUUCUCCAUUGAACGUCAUUGAACCAGUCUCUGAGCUUAUUCGAGAGCAGUCAUUUCUGAAGUCUGAACUGGGUUUAGGACUGGGAGAGCUUGGACUGGAAACUCUCCCAGCAGAGGGUGCAGAGUCGGUAUUCUCCCAUGGAAACUCGGAUUCCUCUUCAGUGUGCUCUGGUCACACAGGUAGAAGAGCCAAGAGUCAAAGCAAGAAGUUGUACCGAGCCUCUGUUGCCUUAACACCAACUCCCCCGCUGAGAGCAGGCACUGGACAGCCAGUGGAAAGCUCUGAGGAGCUUGCAGACUCCAAGCCAGAGGUGGAGCACAAACUUGAAAAAUUCCCUCUCAUGCCUUCAGCUGAUGAAAUCCACAAAGCAGUGGAGCAGGAGGAGCUACAGCAAGUCAUACGGGAGAUCAAGGAAUCUAUUGUUGGUGAAAUAAGAAGAGAAAUAGUAAGUGGAUUGUUAGCAGCUGUAUCGCCCCAAAGCAGAUCUGCAACUGCAAAACAAGAUACACAGCCGUGAAACUGGUACUACAGGUUGGAUGUAGUUGGAAGUGCUGUGGGAUUCUGCUCUGGGCAGCACCCAGUGGUGGAAGUGCCAAGUUGGUUUUGCUUCAGGAAGUGUUAAAGCUGCUGAGAUGGGCUACUGUGUUUGGCGCUGGGUUCUCUGAUGUGGACCUUUCCUUGAGUUCAUCUGUAAGGACUUAGAAACUUUAACAUUACUUUCUUUAAAGCAUCAGCAAAAUUGUGUCACUCUGAAAGGUUUUGUAUUUAUUUGUAUGUCCCUGUUGUAAAUUUUUAUGUAGCUAAUUUCUUUGUCUAAUGAUGCAUCAUGAAACUUGAAGAUUUCCACACGUAACCAAUUUAUAAAUAACAUGUACACAUUCAGUCUAGCUUUUUUUUUAAAAAAAAUAGAAAAAACCCACAACAGUCCCUCCCAAAACACUGACCUCUAUGAGGUAUUUAUUGUGCAAUAACUGAUCCACUUUAAGAGCUUGAAAUAACCAAUAAUGGUUUCCACUGCUGUUACUUAGUGCCACUUCAAAAGAAGGAAACAACCCUGUUACACAAAUUGCUGUUAAUUCUUGAGGCGGUUACUAUUAGCAGAGUGGUAGAAUGACAUGAGGUUACUCUUAAAACUACUUAAAGUUCUGACACUGAAAGCCUUAUCUUUGUGUAGAAGACAACUUUUAACUAAUUUUAUUUGCUUCCUUGCUGUUUGCUCAUCCCUUUAUAGGAAAGUGCCUUAUUUAAGCACUGGGGUGUUUUUUUUUUUGGUGUUGACUACUUGCAGUCAUACCAAGAGAAGUUCUGCUUCAUAUUAACCAAAAUGCAAUAAAAAUGCUAUCUUCUGAAAGCAAUUAGGAUUUGCAACUUGGAAUGCAUGAAUGACCUUGCUUAUAUUAUGGGGAAAAUGGAAAAAAUCUCUUUUCCUUCUCCAUCCCUCACAGAGUGUAUGUUCAGUCAGCCUGGUGAAUAUCUGAUUGUUCCAAUGGAGAAAAUUGGAAGUCAUUGGAGUUUUUAUGUGGUCAAAUAGACAUUUAGUGGAUAUGUAAUAUCCCUUUUGGCUGUGCUUGAACUCUCUUUACUCCUUUGCCUUUUCCAUCUACUAAAACUCUUCACAGUAUGUCAAGGUCUUUAAUCAAAAAUAGUUUCAAAUAUUACAAUAUUAUAUGAAAAAGUUUAUAAAAUUUUAAAUUGUGUUAGGAAGACACACAAGGGCUGAUUUCUUUAAAAAACUGUAUAUUAAACCAAUAAAAUAUUUAUUUUGCCUAUAA